AUGAUGCGUGGACACGACUCCAUGAUGGCCGUGCUCACCGCACGACAGCGCGCACUGCAGAUAUUUCAUUCAGUAAGGGUUAAUAAAAGCCUAAAAUCUGCAUUAGAAUCUGUCAUAGCACUUGAAGACACGUCCGUUAUACUAGACAUUCUCAAUGUUAUGGCACAUAAACCGUCCUUGUGGAAUCUAGACAUUUGUCUAUUGAUGCUGCCUAAAAUAUAUGACUUAUUACAAAGCAAAUAUGAAUCGUAUAUGCAAUGCGGUUGUAACGCUUUGAGAUUAAUAGUACGUAAUUUCUCUUCGGUGGUUCGAGCCAAUGUCAGUGCUCCAGUUCGCACUCUAGGGGUUGAUAUUCCGAGAGAGGAACGAUACACAAAGUGUGUGCAAAUCCAUAGAUUACUGUUAGAAGUACGCGCUUUUCUACUCAAAAGACAAACGCUUCAAGGACGCCUUGGGGCUGCGUUCCGUGAUCUCCACACAUUGAUGCAACAAGGACUUGACUGA